AUACAGAAUAUUUGUAUUAACAAUCACACUUCAUUUACAAGAACACAAUCAUAAAAAUGUCCAAAAACGAUUCAGCUCAAGGCAUAGAAGCCUGUCCAGUUGACCAUGCAACACGCUCCGCAUGGCUCAAAAACAAUUCCAGUAAACCACCUUUUCCAGGCGUAACCCCUCCAGCGAAACCAGGCCCAAGUUGUGAUUCUUCAACUGUUGAUCAAACGACUCCUCCCACACAUACGCCCUCGAGUUUCUUUUCUAGAUUGUUCUUAUGGGACAAUUCAUCCUCAACCCCUUCUCAGCCCCCAUCCGCUCCUAAAUCCACAUCCUCUCAACCCCGCCUUGGCCUCGACCGCGAAAUAUCCACCAUUCCCCGCGCCUCCCCUACUCCAAAUGAUAACCCAUCCUCCUCCUCUACAUCUCAUCCUGCAAACUCCGAGUCUGAGUCAGGCGUCUCCGCAUCUGGUAACUGGAUUUAUCCCUCCGAGAAAAUGUUCUUCGAAGCCAUGAAGCGCAAGGGCCAUCCAUCCGACGCCGCAGAUAUGAAGACUAUUGUGCCAAUUCACAAUGCUGUGAAUGAGCGAGCAUGGAAGGAGAUUAGGGAGUGGGAGGCAGGGUGGGGAAGUGAGAAGUAUGUUUCUUCCAAAAUUUAUGUGAUGGGAUAUGAACUAACAAACCUCAAGAUGCGGUGGACCUCGUCUCCAUUCUUUCCUUGGGCUUUCGCAAACGCUCUCCCCAAAGGCUCGCAUCAAUACGUUCCUAGGAUAUACCACUCCCUUCGACCGUCAUGAUUGGGUCGUUGAUCGUUGUGGAAAGAGAGUCGAUUACAUAAUAGAUUUUUACGCUGGAAAAGCAUCUCCGGAUGGGAACGGAAAAUUGAAUUUCUUCCUUGACGUUCGACCUAAGUUGAAUACAUUGGAGGGAUGGAAGAUGAGGGCCUGGAAGUUAUUGAACUAGAGCUCUAGGUUGGGGGGAAGAAGAGGGAGUUGGGGAAGGCCGGUCAGACCCUGAGAUAAUGCGCCCCAGCCACAACUAUACCCAGGUUUUCACGAAGAAAAGGUGGGCGAAUAUCACAAAAGCCCUGGCGCAGUCUGGGACUGAGGCGAGGGUUGAUAUUUUUCCUAAGCAGUUUAAGAAUGGAUUCUGCUAUGCGUUCGCGCAAUAUGCGCCAAACAUGCCGAUAUCAGUCAAAUCAUGUCUGAUUCAUUGAAAGCUCAAAUCUUCACUCUGAAACAUCCAGAGAAUAUUUUUGUAGGAUUGGUGAGGAAGGAAGAAACUGAGAGGAUAGUAUGUAUGAUUAACGAAUGGGAUAGAUGAAAAACUAGAUGUUGGAUUGUGGGUCAGGUGUUACGGUGUCUCUGUUGGGAUGAAUUAUUGAUAUUCACGUAAAGGUUAAAGGAGGUACUCUCUGCUCUAGUUGAGCUGUAUAAUAUGCAGUCAGAUGCAAUAUAUAUCAAAUAUAUCAAAAUAAGAACACGCGAUGAGGCAUUCAAGAAUAUCUAGCUGUAUAUUCUAGAGCCCUAGACAUAUAGCAUGAAUUACAUCAUUUGUUUAUCUUCAA